AUGUCACAUUUCCGGGUCAUUGAACACGUAACUCGGGGUCAGAAUAUACGAGAGCGCCCGGGUGCCGUUAAAGCAGGACAUGAACGCGACAUUAGGAUUGCCGUGAAGCAAUAUAUUCCACUCGACAAUCCAUCUCCACAAGAAGGGGAUGUGACAAUUAUUGGAGCGCAUGCCAAUGGAUUCUCCAAGGAGCUAUACGAACCUCUUUGGGAUGAGAUCUACGAGGAAUUGCGGAGCCAGAACCAAAGUAUCCGAUCUAUUUGGAUCGCGGAUGUUGCUCAACAGGGCCAGAGUGGUGUUAUGAACGAGUCGAUUCUUGGAAACGACCCGAGUUGGAAUGAUCACGGACGGGAUUUGCUUUACCUGCUGAACGAAUUCGAGAUUGUUCAGCCGGUCAUCGGCGUGGGACACAGUAUGGGCGGGAUGCAACUAGCGCAUCUUUCCUUGAUGCACCCGUCUCUUUUCGAAGGUCUGAUACUCAUGGAACCAGUGAUCCAGUUAGAUAAUCCUGGCCGCAAAUACGCUCUCCCAUCCACAUAUAGACGUGACCUUUGGGAUUCUCGCGAACAAGCCGCAGAGAAAUUCCGAUCAAAUCCUUUCUAUCAAGCAUGGGAUCCGCGUGUUUUGCAAAAAUGGCUCGAGUUCGGACUCCGAGAUCUUCCCACAAGGUUAUAUCCCACUCCAAGCAACACGACACCACCUGCUGUCACAUUGACUACACCCAAAGCGCAGGAGGUUUUCACCUUCGUGCGACCGUCAUAUAUUGACGAGAGAACCGGUAUUGCGUGUGGGAAUCCCGCCGAGGAGAUGUAUCCGGAAGACAUCGAAGAAUACCCUCUCUAUCGCCCCGAACCCUCACGAAUAUUUCACCGCUUGCCAGAGCUAAGGCCCAGUACUCUUUAUCUGACUGGUGAAAAGUCAGAUCUUGUACCCCCAGCUCAUCGCAAAGCAAAACUCCAAAUAACUGGCACAGGUGUGGGAGGUAGCGGUGGUGCAUCUCGCGGUCGAGUGCAGGAAAUUGUUCUUCCAUGCGGCCAUUUGGUUCCUAUGGAGCUCGUCCAUGAAAGUGCAAAAGCCAGUGCUGAUUUCAUUGCCUCUGCGGUAUCUGCUUGGGAAAAGCGAACUUCGAAAUUCCGAAAGGCCUGGGAGCAAGUUUCGCCUGACGAGCAGGUUAGGCUCGACAAACAAUGGGAACGGCAUAUUGGUACUCUGCGAAAAAGAUCAAAGCUGUGA